UUUUCUGCGUGUAGGUUUGACUCAACACCCAGAAGAGAAGUCCUCUCAAUGGAAGAUGACAGCGAUCCUGAGCAAAGCUCCUGGGCCUAUCUGCCUGAUGUCUGUCUGAGGCAUGUCUUCCAUUGGUUAGAUGACAGGGACAGAUCUCGGGCUGCCUUGGUCUGUAAAAAAUGGAGUUGUGCCAUGUACUCUGGAUCUCUCUGGAGAUGCAGAACCAUCACAUUCUACGGCCAACCAUCCAGGGCACGCACACUGGAGUUUCAAAGUGCACUGUGGUAUACCAAGAAAUUUGGCAAGUAUUUGAAGCACCUCGAGAUCAAGUUAUCCAAUCCUUACAAUACUCCCUUUAUAAAAAAAUUUCAAGUGAUURUGAGAGGUCUUCUUUCACACCUGGGUAAGUGUAAUAGUCACCUAGUAUCCCUGAGCAUCAAGUACCUAGAAUUAGACUGCUUGAUCUGGAAAAAUGUCAUUAGGRCUCAGUUUAUCAAGAACUUAGCUGCCUUCCUGAAAAGAAUGAGCAAUCAACUUGAUUAUCUCAACUUAAAAGGAGCAAGAAUAACUUUGGAAGAAGGCUGCGAGCUUCUGAAUUCUCUGAGCAGCUUGACAAAUAGAAGCUUUAUAUCUGAAAUCAAUAUUGAGGAUUUCUUCAGUCUCCACCUUUCUGUCUACAGCAGUGCCUUGUUCCACCAAACUAUGUCRAAGUUCCACAGCCUGACCAUCCUGACUUUCAAUUAUAACUGCAUCUCUGAUGAGCUGCUGGACAUCCUGCGGGAGCACAGCUCUCAUUCUCUGUGCACCUUGAAUAUCAAGUGUCAUAUCCAUGACCCUCACGGGCAAGUGGUGUCAGGAAUGUCGUGGGCAAACUUGGCCAAGAGAGCCCCGAAACUGAACGUGAACUUCUUCUUUGAAAGAGUCAUGAAGCAUGACCACCUAGCCAGGAUCCUGCUAGUGGAGAUCCCAGUGAGGAGCAUCAGCCUACGGAGUUGUUAUUUUAGUGACCCAGACUGGACCAUGAGACCUACCCUCACCAACCUUCUCCCAGCUUACUGGCAUGGUCUGCAGAAAUUAACACUUGAAUUGAACAAUGACCAUGAGUUGCUGGAUGAUGAGCUGCUACAGCUUAUCUUAUCAUGCAAGAGGUUGUUAUUUCUGAAAGUCUGGGCAUUUCUAAGUGUCAGCUUUAUGGAGAGGCUAUUACAAAACCGUGCAGAAAGGAAAUGCAUUUUGACCACCAUAAAGGUGAGGAUUUAUACAGCCCAAGAUGACAGCACUGAGGAGGAACGGYUGUUGGCUGAUAUUUACAGGAAAUUCAAGUGCCUGAUCGACUCAGAACUUAAUUAUUUUGUCAUCACCUACCCAAUGGUGUAAACUACAGGGAGAGAAGAACACCCAGUGACGUCUGCAGUAACGAAGGGCUUUAGUAAGGGAUUUGAAUCCCGACAGCAAUGCCUCUGAAAAGGAGAUACCAUUCCAGCUAGCGAGAGGCAAGGGACAAUUUUAAACUCCAUGCAUUAAAAUGUUGGACUUGGGAACCRGACUCCUUUGUCCGCAGCAUCGUUUAUUUUUGCCCUUGCUUUGUUUUUUCUUGCCAGAACCAAAGGAAGCUGUGAUCCUUUUUCCACCCUUACAGGUAUCUCUGAUAAAAACAAGACCCUCCUCUUUUUUCAUCACUUCUCACUGUAGAGCUUCAAACAAUUUACCAUUGAAGCCCAUCUCACUGUUUCCACUUUGCAGAUAGGGAAACUGAGACAUGGCAUGAGGAAGUGAUUUUCCCAAAGUUGGCCCUUACUUGAUCUCGAUUCAGAUGCAGACAGAUGCACYAUCUAGUGUACCAGCUCAGUAAGUCCUGUUAAUUUUAACACUCUGCCUAGUUCUUAGCAGCAGAUGAUAAAAACAAAACAUAACAAGGCUGGUUUCGAGGGACAUCCCUCCCACUUGCCCAGCUUUCCAACAUGUGUUUUAUGAGGAGAUUCCUGCUCAGAGUCACCUUUUGACACUUUACAAUGGCAAAAGAUUUAAUUGGCUGCAUGUGAGAGAAACAACAUGGAAGAAGGGGCAUUUCUUAUUAUUCUGGAAUUUUAUUGCCAAAUGGAAGAUUUCAUCAGACAUUUUAAAGCAUAGAUAGCUGUGAAACAGCUGUAAGUACUAGGCCUSUUUUAAUUACCUUGCACAAUUAGACAGCAUUGAGCCAAGCCAAUAAAUCUGGAAGUUUGUCGGUAAAGUUUCAGCAGGAGCUGGUUCUUUGGAGCACAGUCUCCCAGUACAAUGACUUCAGUAAUUGUUUAUGCAAAUAGACUCUCUCAUUUGCAUGCACAGCACUUCAUCAAUGUACAGUGUAUUCUC